AUGGGUUUCAGAAUUACCGCCUUCUGCAGGGACAAGGGCUGGAAGCAAAUCCUGGAUAGCAACCGAGAUGACUACUACUUUAAAUGGUCUGAUGCUAAAGUAGUUUCCAACUAUCAAAACUUUCAAGAAGGUAAGCAGAUGGUGAAUCAAAUCCCAAACAAAAGUGUCCUGACCAGCAAGUUUGGCCUCUGCUCUUCACUCAAGAACAACGAACGUAUAAUGAAUAAGUAUGGCAGGAUAACAUUCUCGAGAUUCAUGAAACUAGACGAAUUUUACCCAGAGACGUAUCGAAUGGUUAUAAAAAGUGAACGUCAUGCUUUCUACCGAGCCUUCCAAGAAGGCCAGAUUUGGAUAUCCAAGCCUGCAGAAUCAUGUCAGGGAAAAGGAAUCUUCCUAUUGAAGACACUCGAUGAUCUAAAAGCAUUUCAUGAAAAAUUGGAAAGCACAGAAGAGAAUCCCUAUAUCAGAAUGUGUUUCUACAAUUCUCCUAUUAAUAGAAUCGUGCAAAGAUACAUUGAUGAGCCCUUGCUGUUGGAAGGCAGAAAAUUUGAUGUCCGCUCCUACUUCUUAAUCGCCUGCAGUUCACCCUUUGUGACCUUUUUUCGCCAUGGUUACGCCAAGCUGACCUGUAAUGAAUACAAUCCAAACUCUGACGAUCUGAUGGAUCACCUGACCAAUCAGUUCAUCCAGAAAAAGAACCCCAGGUACAAUGACAUGAAGGAGGACACAGUCUGGUCGAUGGAACACCUGAACGACUACAUUAAUGAGAAGUACAUGCAAGCGAAGCAGCUCCCCAAGGACUGGGUCUUCACUGAUUUUACAAACCGGAUACAGCAGAUCGUUACCCAGUGUUUCAUUGCCAGCAAGGCCAGGCUGGGUAGUAAACUGGGCUAUUUUGACCUUUUCGGUUGCGACAUUAUGAUUGAUCAGAAUUUCAAGGUAUGGUUGCUGGAGAUUAACUCAAACCCAUCUUUACAGACAAACUGUGCAGUCCUCCAAUCUGUCGUCCCCAAAGUAUUGAAUGAAGCUCUUGACCUGGUGCUUGAAAUAUUCAAAAAAAGCAGCAGUGGGCUGUCCAUCAUGCCUCUUGAAGCACUGAAAGAAUUUGUCCUGUUGUAUAAUGGUUCCCCAAAAGAGCCAUUUAUGAAAACAUUUAAAGACCAGACAGCAGAGAGAGCAGUGGUUCUUGAACGUCCUCAGCAAUCUGAGAACAGCUCUCAGAUAAAGGUUGGAUAA